CCCAGCGGCCUGAGGACACGGGGAUGGGCGGGUCCCCCGGGGACGGAGCCUGUUCUCUCGCCCGGUGCGGGCGGGGAAAGGGAGGCGAUUCCCGCCGCCAGGGGCCGCUGCCGCGCCGCUCCCCGGCCGGCCCCGCCCCGCCGCUCCCGGCCCCGCCAGCCCGGCCGCGGCUCCCGGCCUCCCUCCCUGCGCCCCGGCUGCGCUCGCUCCGCUCCGCCCGGCAGCGGGGCCGGCCCGUGGCGAGGCGGCGCCGGGACUCUGCCCAGCCCGCAGCGGGAGCGGAGCUCGGCCGGGCCGGGCCCGCUGCAGAAGCCCCGCCCGGGGGGGCCAUGGCCGAGCGGGCCGCUGCCCAGGCUCUGGCCACCCCCUGCCCCGGGCCUGUGCAGCCCCGACCCGCUUCCGAAGGGACCCCCGGGAGAGAGAGCGAGCUGCAAAGUGCAGAGAUUUCCCUCACGGCCCUGGCUGCCCUCCAGGCCGUGGAGAGGACGGUGGACUCUCAGGCCACACGGUUACUGAGUCUGGAGGGGAGAACUGGGAUGUCCGAGAAGAAACUAAUAGACUGUGAGAAGACGGUGGUGGAGUUUGGGAACCAGCUGGAGAGUAAGUGGGCCGCGCUGGAGACUCUGAUCCAGGAGUAUGGGCUGCUGCAGAGGAGGCUGGAGAACAUGGAGAACCUGCUGAAGAACAGGAACUUCUGGAUCCUGAGGCUCCCCCCAGGCACUAAGGGAGAAGUCCCCAAGGUCCCAGUUAUGUUUGAAGAUAUCUCAGUCCACUUCUCCAGGGAGGAGUGGGAGAACUUAGAAGAAUGGCAGAAGGAGCUUUACAAGAACUUGAUGAAAGACAGCUAUGACUCUUUGAUCUCCUUGGACUGUACCAUCUCCAAACCUGACAUCCUAUCAACUGAUCAGGAGGAAGAACCAGGUAUCAGGGUGCAGGGAGUUCUGGAGGAGAGAGGAACCCCUGUGGAUCCCAGCACUGACUCUCCAGUUCCGACACCUGACGUUUUAUCCCAGGUUAAACUAGAGGAGGGGUCGUGCAGCAGAGAUCAGCAAGAAUUGGAAGACAGAGAAAUCCCUGCAGAUCCUAGCAUGUCAGGUGAUGGGCUUGUGAUCAAAACGGAGGAGGGGACUGUCAGGGAAGGCCACAACAGCCCAGAGCCACAUGGGGUGCAAGUGGAGACAUCCAGAGAGAACGAAGUGCAGGCUCCUGAGUGGGGAGCACCCUGUGAGAGUCUGCCUGGCCCGGUGAUGCAGUUGAGGAACGACCUGGGGCAGCCCAACGAACGCAGGGGGGGCCGGAAUGAAAUUGCUGAGCCCCAGGGCAUUGCCGUCCCUCGACUCAGCCCGCCAGCAGAGAGGCCCUUUCAUUGCCUGCAGUGUGGCAAGAGCUUCACCCGGAAAGACACCCUGCUGUCCCACCAGCGCACCCACACCGGGGAGCGGCCCUACGCCUGCACCCAGUGUGGCAAGACCUUUGCACAGAAGUCCAAACUCAGCAGCCACCGCCGCACCCACACGGGCGAGCGCCCCUACGCCUGCACCCAGUGCGCCAAGACCUUUGGCCGCAAGGAGCACUACACCCAGCACCAGAGGACCCACACGGAGGAGCGGCCCUUCAUCUGCAGCCAGUGUGGGAAGAGCUUCCGCAGGUACUUCAACCUGACAGUGCACCAGCGCACCCACACCGGGGAGCGCCCAUACCCGUGUGCCCAGUGUGGCCGCCGCUUCAGCCGCAAGGAGCACUUCCUGCUGCACCAGCGCAUCCACACCGGGGAGCGCCCCUACCAGUGCAGCCAGUGCAACAAGAGCUUCAUCCACCAGUCGCGGCUCAACUACCACACCCGCAUCCACUCGGAGGAGCGCCCCUAUGCCUGUGCCCAGUGUGCCAAGCGCUUUGCCGAACCCUCCAAGCUGGCUGUGCAUUACCGAGUUCACACCGGCGAGCAGCCCUACUCCUGCCUCCAGUGCGGCAAGAGCUUCGGCCUGAAGAAAAGCCUCGUCGUCCACCAGCGGAGCCACGCCCAGGAGCGGCCCUACCAGUGUUCCGAGUGUGGUAUCCACUUCAUCUGCCAGUCCUACCUUGUCCGGCACCGGCUGGUCCACACAGGGGAGCGGCCCUACAAAUGCACUGAGUGCGGCAAAAGCUACAGCCGCAAGGAGCACCUCCAGAACCACUGGCGUAUCCACACUGGGGAGCGGCCCUUCCAGUGCUCUGCUUGCGGGAAGAGUUUCAUCCAGAAACAUCACCUCCUGAAGCACCAGCGCAUUCACACUGGGGAGCACCCCUACCAGUGUGGGGAGUGCGGGAGGAGCUUCCGCUGCAAGGAGUCCCUGAAGGAUCAUGCCAGGGUUCACGGCACCGAGCUGGGUCACCCGCAGGCUGCGCCCAACUCCAGGCAGGUAUUGAAGAUGGGCACCAUGGGGGCGGCACUGCUCGGAGCUCGCCGCCCCUGGCGCGCCGGCCGCCCGCGCUCUUCGCAGGACCAACGAGGCGGCGGCUCCCUCCCAGGCUGCACUCGGGCCGCUCCCUCCCCAGCAUGGCAGCGGGACCCGGCCCACGCCCCUAGCGAGCCCCGGCCCGCCCGCUUCCCCCCCAGAGCCACCCAGCGCGGGGCCAUGGCCGAGUGGGCCCCCGCCCAGAUUCAGGAAUGGAACGUCGAGGCACAACAUCUGCUGCCUCUGCAGCCGCCCCUCGUCCCCGAGCGCGCUCACAUGAGAGAAGCACAGCUGCACACAGCAGAGGCCUCUCUCUGGACUGUGGUGGCCACGGUGCAGGCCAUGGAGCGGAAGAUCGAUCUGCUGGCCACGCGCCUGCUGAGCCUGGAGGGGAGAUCUGGGACGGCCGAGAAGAAAUUAAUAGACUGUGAAAAAACAGCAAUGGAGUUCAAUAACCAGCUGGAGAGUAAGUGGGCCGUGCUGGGAACUCUGAUCCAGGAGUAUGGGCUGCUGCAGAGGAGGCUGGAGAACGUGGAGAACCUGCUGAAGAACAGGAACUUCUGGGUCCUGAGACUCCCCCCAGGCACUAAAGGGGAGGUCCCCAAGAUGCCGGUGACGUUUGUUGACGUGGCUGUCUAUUUCUCUGCGGAGGAGUGGAAGAAUUUGGAAGACUGGCAGAAGGAGCUGUACAAUAACCUGGUGAAGGAGAACUAUGAAUCUUUGAGCUCGCUGGACCGUACCCGUUCCAAAGCGGACCCCGAGCCCCGGAUUGAACGAGGGGAAGAGCCACGUGUCCAAGACCAGCAGGACUUAAAGGAGAGAGAAAUCCCUCCAGAGCCCUGCACAGAAUCCCUGAUGUCAACGCCCGACAUUCUGUCCCGGAUCAAACAAGAGGAGGGGCCAUUUGUCGGGGAGCAGCAAUUCUCGGAGGAGAGAGGAAUCCCCACGGACCCCUGCACAGGUGCAGACACUCUGAUUUCUGCCCAUGACUUUUUAUCCUGGAUUAAGCAAGAGGAAGAGCCCUGUGUCCGGGAUUCGUGGGAGCUGGCUGAAAGAGAAAUCCUCACUGGCCCUGGCCCAGGCGACGGGCUCAUGGUGAAGUCGGAGGAGCAGCGUCACCGCCAGGCAGGCCCUGAAGAGCUGGGGCUUCUGGGGGGCUCUGGGGAGCCACUCUACCAGGCCCCGGCCUACGGGAGCCAGCGUGGCUCAGUGACGCAGCAAGCCGACCCUGGCGAGAACAGACUGGGUAAAUCCUUCCGCUCGGACGGCAGCUUCAGCGAGUUACCGGGCACCUUGAUCCCGCGGGGAGCCAGCGUGCUGGGGGAGGAGCGACCACACGGCUGCGCCGAGUGCGGGAAGAGCUUCAGCGUGAAGAAGAGCCUGAAGAUCCACCAGCGGAGCCACGCCAAGGAGCGGCCCUACGCCUGCGGGGAGUGCGGCAAGAGCUUCAACUGCCACUCGGGGCUGGUGCGGCACCAGAUGAUCCACCGCGGCGAGCGGCCCUACAAGUGCGAGGAGUGCGGGAAGUGCUACAGCCGCAAGGAGCACCUCCAGAACCACCAGCGGCUGCACACCGGCGAGCGGCCCUUCCAGUGCGCCGCCUGCGGGAAGAGCUUCAUCCGCAAGCAGAACCUGCUGAAGCACCAGCGCAUCCACACUGGGGAGCGGCCAUACCAGUGCGGGGAGUGCGGGCGGAGCUUCCGCUACAAGGAGUCCCUCAAAGACCAUCAGCGGGUUCAUGGCGCGGAGCUGGGGCCCCCGCCUGGGCUCCCGCAGGCCCUGGGCAGUGGGGAUUAG